UGUAGGCAGGCUGAUAAUCCAUUGUGGCUUCGUUCAGGGUAAGCACACAAUAACACUGAAACCAUAUUAACAUCACAGAGGUCGAAGUCUAGUUCUAACAACAGUUUUCGUUCCUAUGACUUUCACUCUAAAGGAAAAUAAAGUGUAAGAAUUCUCUCAUGUAACACGGGCCAUGUCAAACUCAAACAAAAUGCCAAACAGUAAACUGGAGACAUCAAAUAGAAGAAAUCAUGAAGCUGAGAUGUGCUAUGAAGGAGAAGCUGAUCUACACAAACAUGUAGCAGAAUGUCAGAAGAAUCCAGGUCACAAAGGUUUUAUACCGCUUAAAUAUUUCAACAGAAAUUGUCUUCCUGCGCGUUACCGUGACGACGGCCUUAUGUCUGGGACAAUCAAAACAUUGGCAGCCCUAACUGUCCAGGUAAAGACUAAAUACACCAGUCUAGAUAGACCAGAGUUUUACCCAGGCACUCAAGAGCCGUAUCCGUUUUAUAGUGACAGUGGAAGUCACGUGAUGAGGUUAGCGACGGGGAGGGUGAGGCGAGUAGACAAGUACACAGAAGGUGCUGUGACUUGUCGUUGUGCCAAGUGUCAAGUCUCUGCCACACCCAGCAAAGUGUGGGGGAAGGUUUCUGUGGUGACAGCCACACACGUGGUGUUUAAUGACAAAGAGGCGAGACAGACCAGGUGUGUUUUAGGUUAUAAUGACAAUAAAAGUCCAGUGGUCAGUCUUGAUGGCUGGGAGGUGGUUUCGGCAGAUAUUGAUGGUGACUUGUGUGAGUUGAGAUAUGUGACAUGCGACUUAAAUUUGGUUGACGAACUCGAAAUGAUGUGUCAGCUUUUUGACAGGUUUUGUACUGAGGUUAGAAAGAAAUACAGUAGAUUUGUUGAUGUGGACAAGUUGACCGUUAUUGUGUCCCAUCCUCAUGGCUGUCCUAAACAGGUCUCUGUAGGACAAUGGACACACAAACGUGAGAGGGAUGACUACAGGACCAGGUACGUGUACACAACAUGUACAUGUCCAGGCUCCAGUGGAGCGACUGUCUACAGUUUGGAAUAUAUCCGCUCGUGGGACUAUCAACAUCUCCACAGUGGAUCAAACGAUGAAGGCAAUUAUAGUGGGGAGUGGUUUUUCUGAUGGAAAUGUUUUAACUUCGAGUUGAAUCAUUGAAGGUAUAAAGUUGCUGUUAAAACAAACA